AUGAACAAUUCUAUUCUUCUAGUUGCCCUUUUUGGUGUCGCCGUGGUUUGCGCAGCUCCUGGAGCGCAUAAACUUCGUGUGAGUUUUUUUUCAAUGCUUUCCAAUGGUAAAAUCUUAUUUUUGCCUCUCCGGAUACCCCGGUGAAGCUAUGAUCCAAAAAUUCAAGUUAUAAUGUCAACACAUUCUUUCGAAUGGUCGGAACUCCGAAUUACCUUGAGUAACUGGGUUAAAACCAAACUCAACAGCGUCUUCCCCUCUCUUAAAUAACUGCACUCACCGACAUUCAAACGGGUCAGCGGAUAGUGGCUGUGUGUGUGGAGACGCAGAGAAAAAUGUGGGUGUGUGUGUGGCGAGAAAGGAGACGCAGAGAAAAGGACGCUUGAGAAUUUUUUUUGUUUUUUUUUUUUGAAAAAGGUUUUAAAACAUGGAAUUUUAAAAAAAUCGGGGUAUAUCAAAUAAGUAUCAUAUAUCUUUCGAUAGAGAAUUUUUCGCUCUUUCUAACUAUACCAAAAUGUAUGUAGUUUGGUCGAAUGAAAAUCAAGAAAAACAUAUUUUUUGCAGAAUCGCGCGCCACCAAAAGCUGGAUGUGUUCAACCAGCAUACACCGAAAGUUUAUCGGAAGAAAACCAAAAGAAAUUGACGGAAAUCUGGAAGGAUUAUAAAGUUGGCGGAACUUGUUACAUCGAACAAGCGAAAACCAGCGAAUUAUUGGAUAGUUUGCCAGAAAAAGAGCGGGAAGAACUUCUGGCUCGUCCACCGAUUCCAGCAUUUUUCGCCGGCAUCAAAAGAGAAACAAUUCUUCAAUUUGAUGCGAUUUAUUUCAACGAUACGAUUGCUUUCCCCGAUAAACUUAAACAAUUGGAUGAGUUGGCUGAAAAAAUUUUACCUGCUGAAAAUUUGAAGGUUUACAAGGAAUUUAGAGAGCAAAGAGAUGCGGUCAGAAAAAAUUAUGCGGAUUUGGUAAGUUUUUGUUUUCAAAAAAAUCCAAAAAUUAAAUUUUUUAAGUUAGCCAAACUCUCCCCAGCUGCCAAAGAGGCUGAUGCAAAAGUUGAGGCUAUGAUUGCUGAAAGAUUCGCCUAUGUUGACAAUCUUGAUGAGAAAGUCAGAGCUGAACUUUUCGAAUUGUGGGAUGCUCGACCAUCGGAGCCUAAAUAA